AUGAGCUCAGGUGUGGACUCACUGGUAGCUGCAGGGAUCUAUGCAAAAAAGUAUAAGAAUGUCAGAGGCAUAUACAUGGCCAACUGGUCCCAAACUGCCAAGUGUACGGAACGAGAUUGGAACGACGUUCAGAAAGUAUGUCAUGAUCUCAAAAUCCCCUGUGAGCGAGUUAAUUUUGAAAAGGAGUACUGGAACGACGUAUUCCAGCCUAUGCUCAACAUGUACGAGAAAGGUUUAACACCAAAUCCAGAUACUGGGUGUAACAAGUACGUCAAGUUUGGCUGUAUGAUCGAUCAUUUGACAGCAAAAUUCCCCCGGGACAAGAAAUGGUGGUUGGUGACUGGCCAUUAUGCUCGUGUGAUGCUCCACCAGCCUUCUGGCCAGUACCAUUUACUUAGAGCUUAUUCCAAGGAUAAGGACCAGUCGUACUACUUAUCUUCAAUUCCCCAGGAAGCUCUUUCGCGUGUGUUGAUGCCAAUCGGCCACUAUGUGAAACCAGAUGUACGUGAACUCGCUAAAGAGUUGAACCUUCAUGUCAGCUCCAAGCCAGAUUCACAAGGUCUUUGCUUUGUGUCCCAGGAACAGAAUUCUUUCCGGGACUUCUUGAACGACUACAUCGAGCCAAAUCCUGGCAACAUAGUUACUGAGGAUGGGAAAGUCUGGGGAAAGCAUCAAGGGCUCUGGCAUGCUACCAUUGGUCAGAAGUCUAGUAUAUCUAUGCCCCAGGGAGAUCCCCAGUACAAAGGAGUGUGGUUUGUCAGCGAAAAGAACUUUGAAACAAACGAACUUGUCAUAGUCAGAGGCAGAGACAAUCCUAAAUUGUAUAAACAAGAAGUGAAUGUAGACGACUUCCAAUGGAUGAAUUCUGAUAAUUCGGAUUCAUCCAGUGAGAUCACCUUUCAGUACAGAUCGCUUCAGACUCCUAUCAAGGUAGAGUCUAUGGCGAGGAAAGGGGCAAACUAUACGAUCAAGUUGGCAGAAAAGGUUCGUGCCUUGGCCCCAGGGCAGAACGUCGUAUUGUAUAGGGGAAAUCAGGUAUUGGGAUCGGGCGUCAUCGGUAAAGCCAUGUAA